CACCGGAAGCAACGCGUUGUUUUUCACCUCCAUUUGAAGUCUGGUGUAGCCAAAAGGAAAUCCAAAGGUAAACAACAUGGAGGGAGCGUCUGCUGUUGCGAUUGACGAAAUGUUUGCAAUAUCAUGGAAAAGCUUUUCCUGUGAUAAGUUUUCUGGUCUCAUCAAGUACGCUACAACGCCGACUACUCUCAGGAUUAUGGCGACAGACUUCAGGUGCCUCUAUGGAGAAAUUCUCGAUGAAGACGACCUCCAAGACCGAUGCAGGGACCUGAACCCCGCAAUCGAGGUUACGACGAAAAGCCUCGUGAGGCACCUUUCUGAGGGAUUGACAGCUGCAAUUGAACGCAGCUCUAAACAUUCGCCCGAGCUGCAAGCGACCAUCGAUUCAAGUUCUUUAAUCGUCACCUUGAAUAUGGCGAUAGGGGAAGUCAAGUUCCUCUGGAAUUUCACGAUGGAUGCCCAGAGUAGUGAUGACUUCUACUCGCAGGUCACGCUUCCGAUGCUUGUGAUGCUGGCGGCCUUGAAGGAACAGCGGGAGCAGUUGUUUGCUUUGCUUAGCAAGAAAGACGCCGAGAUAUUGGGCUAUACUACAUCAGGCGCAAGAGAAUCCAAAAAGAGUGUUCGCACGUCAGCGUUUGACGAGGACGAAUUCAAGGAGGAGACGACUCGCGCAGGGGUCCUGAAGGAACGUUUCGGAAACCUGCCAGCAAGUGCGUUUGCUGGCGAUGAAGCUGAAAAAAUCAUGAAGGUUUACCAAGAGCUGUCUGCCUCAAGUCAACAGGAACCAAUAAGCAGCACAUCUGACAAGCAGUCGCCUGCUGAUGCUAAUGACCAGACAAGCACAUUGAAAGCAGGCAUACAACACAGCCAGCCCAUGCACCGCAAGGAAUUGUCUCCUGAAAUAAUUACUGAAGAACCCAAGGUCAAGAAAGUAAAAAAGCGCCUAAGGCUCUAGGACUACAUAGAGUAGUUAUUCUACUUGCAUGUGUCCUGUAGUGAUUGUGCACUGGUCAGCUCCUUUAUAUGUUCUAGAAGCUAAUUUCUGCUAACAGUAUCAUAAGGUUCUAAGCCCAAUGAAUUGUGGGUUAAAUUUCUUGUUGUGCAUCAAUGUAUUGAGACCAAUAGGUAUUUCCAGAAUUUUAAUGUUUAAUGCACUCGCUUUUAUGUACAAACAUAACCUGAUUUUAUGGUAAGGAUUUUCACAGUCACAGCUGUUACUAUCUUAAGUGCAUGUUAGUAUGUUUAAUUUUUUAAAAUAUUAAUCAAUUUUGCAAUAUUCUACAUAUUGUGUUUUGGACUACCUGGUAACCUUAAAUUUUUACAUGUCAUGCACUGACCAUUAUACAUACACAUAAUGAAUUUUAUCGCAAAGCUUUUCACAUGUGCAGCUGCUGUAAUGCCACAGCUGUUACUAUGUUAAUUAAGUGCAUGUGAUGUCCUGCAUGUGAUGUCCCAGAUAUUAUUUUGAAGUAUUUCUCCAGAGUCAGAGUAUUGCUCACUGUUUAUUUUUUUUUAUUUUUUUAAUGCGAGGAUAAAUGCCUCAGGGCAUACAAGGGUAUGUGAUGAGGGUGAAUAAGGAUGAUUAAAUGAAUGCAAAAAGA